AUGCUAUUGCCUCUCUUCCUUGCUCUGACAGUCCUCGCUGGAGCAUUUGCCGAAGGACCGCAACCUGCAGUGACUGCAGCCUACUGCCUGCUGCUCGAUAGCACGACCGUAACGAGCAACGGUAUUGUCGAACUCGAUGGGCAGCUCUAUGCGUUCCAAGUCAAGAGUUGGAGUCCGAUGCAGCUCUUCACCUUGCGAGCCCAAGUGACAGAAAACAUGAAGACCUACUGCUUCGCGGACAGAGAGCUGCCAAAGGGCCCUCGUUGUGAAGAGCAAGAGAGGAAAGUUUUCCAUGAUCAUACGAUCAUGCAGGUCAACGCCGUCCGACGGUUGGACACAGUACACAUCGAUUCCGAAAGCGAGAUCAUCAACCGAGUCAUCGGCUUCUGUUGCAGCGCAUUCUGGUCAUUCACGGCCAAAGUCCGGAUACCAGGCCACGAGAUCAACAUCGGUGAAGCUGUGUAUACUUUCACGUGUGGCGGCGGGAUGCGUCGAAUUCCCGAGGUGGGUACCAGCUGCUCGGCAAUCUUUGAGGAUGUCGUUGAGACAAAGAGCGCAAUCGAAGAUAAACCUGGAGCGCGUCGAGCGAUCUAUACGCUGGGCUUGCCCAAAGGACCUGCUUGUGAUGAAGAGAAUAUCGAAACCGAAGGCGAUCAGCAAAUCUUGAAAGUCAACGCCGUCAGACGACUGCAGACGGUACACGUUCUCUCUGACAGCGAAAUCGCCAACGAAGUCAUUCGCUUCUGCUGUAGCGCCUUCUGGUCAUUCACGUCGAGAGCCUGGAUGCCGAACGACAAGCUAGAGUUGGGUAAAGCCGUUUACACAUUUGGCUGCGGUGGGGAAGACCUCAUCCCCAUCCCUGGAUCGGACAUCACAUGCCCUGAGCUUUUUGCGGGCUUCAUCGAGACGAGAAGCGUCAUCGAAGAGGACAAAGAUGGAGCGGCUCAGCCCAUCUCUGGACACGGCAGAGAUCGAGGUUGCACAGAAACUCCAGUCCCGCUCGGUCACGGUGUUUGA